AUGUUAGGAGUUGGUCUGGCUUGGUUGCUGGGUUGGAGUAGUGAUAUGACUAGUGGUCAAAUGACUGAUGUUGAUGCAGAUAAUAACACUAAGAUAAACUGGGAAGACUAUUGUGUUGAAUCUAAGCGUGGUUGGCGGAUAGCUGAAGUGGCAAUUGCAUAUGAUACUAACCCAGAGUGUUCAGAGAUGAACUUUAAGGAGAGGAAGCUUAUUAAUAGGUAUGAACCAUCGGAUUAUUAUGUAGUUAAAUGGUUGCGAUUGUUAGGAUUUGGGUUGUUAAGUGAUUAUGAUACAAAGUAUAUUGCUACAAUGCUAAACAACUGCCGCCAAAUUCAUAAUCUGGAUGUUAAUAUUUGUCCUAAUGAUCUUGAGAAAGGUUCUCUAUUGUAUGCAAUAGAUAAUGCCAUAAAUGUCUUUGAAAAGGGAUAUGCUAUAAGUCAGCGCUAUAUUGUUGAGCUUGAAAAGCUAACAAAGAGUGUUGCAGGAAAGGGCGCUCUCUCUUCACUUGGAUCAUUAGAUUUGAGUAAGUAUAAAGGCCUUCACAAUGAAGUUAGUGGUCUUAUACAGGCUUAUAUUCCUUCCUAUGUUUUCUACUUUUACACCCUGUCAUUUGAUUUGGAUAAAGAUAGUAACAAAGAAGCGAUUGAAACUUGGAAGACGCUUAUCAAAAACUCAACUGUAUCCAACACAGACCUUUGUGCACAGAAACAGCUCAUACACGUCUUGUACGAGAUGUUACGUCUGCAGUUGAUGCUCUCUAGCUUUUCGAAGCUUUCUAAAUCACCUCUAAGUGCAUAUCCUAAUAUCACAAUCAGCAAUGACGACCAAAAGCACAUAGACGACAUUUUGAAACUAAACAUUGCUGCUAUGAUAAAGAACAUGCCAACAGAUGAAGCUGCCGAGAUGGUGCGAGAAAAACUAUUGUAUAUCGAUGACUUACAAGGGAGGUAUAGAUUGGAUUUUAAGCGACCUGAUUAUAUAAUUCGAUUGGGCCGUCCAUUUGAAAAGGCAUACAACAAUAAUAUGGGUCAAUUUACAGCUGAAUCUAUCAAGCAACUAAUCGAUGAUUUGGAGAAAGUUUCAAAAUGGUUUAAGCUUCUACUAGAUAAGACAAAACAACUACAAGAUCAGUUUAAUGCGCAGUUAACAAAUACCACAACCGCCUCUAGUAUUCAUGAGUGUGUAGAAUAUCUAGCCACUACUACUGAUACCCUUGCUGAUGAUACACCCAAUACUAGUCCUACCACACCGCAUAAUACCAUGUCGUCGUCUGCAUCCUCUCUCAAGUCCAGUUGGAUGCCCAAUUCUCCUAUUCUUCACAUACUUAUAAGCAGUCUGUUCUGGGCCCGUCUCGUCCAUUUACUUGAACUGUCUCACUGA